AUGCGGGGUAUGAAAGGGUGCGUGCUUGCCAGAGAAGUCAAGGACGAGGGAAAUCUGUGGAAUCUUUGACAGCCGCUUUGCAUGCCUUGGCAGAAAGUUCUGAUUUGAAGGCUAUAAAACAUGAAAAUAUCAGAGGUAGACUGGUUAUUGGUCUUGGAGAUAAAAACACCUCACAGCAGCUAUAAUUAAAGACUGAUUUGACCUUAUACACAGGCUAACUACAAAACCCUUCAGACUAAAUGCACAACAUAUGGAAAAAGUCAUAGCCCAUGAGAUGUGUGUUCAGCCAAAGGUGCAAGAUGUAACAAAUACACAAAAUAUGGACACUUUGCAGGCGUUUGCUGUACUGAGGCAGUCAAGAGCUGUUAUUUCUGGGCUCUAUCAAGUGUGAUGACAGAGCCUGCCUAGAGAGUGAAACUGAAUAUUCAUGGAAAGAUCAUUGAGCUUAAAAUUGACUCAGGAGCAGAUGUGAAAGUCAUGCCAGGAGGGAUGUAUAAUCACCUUGAAGUCCUCCUAGAGCUGAAAUCGCUUGACACAAUCCUGACUAGCCCUGGAGGUAUUGUGAAGUGUAUGGACCAGUUCACCAUAGAAACAACUUACAAAGACAAAAGCUUUGCAUUCAGAGUGUAUAUGAUCAAAGGACCAAACACCAACAACCUUCUCAGCUGCAGCAUGGAAGCCAUGAUGGGCCUAAUGAGAAAAGUGGCAGAACUUCUUGGAGUAUUUGGUAUUGGAGUUUUGGAAGGAGUCUGAGUAUAAAUAACGUUAAGAGGCAGUGUUGAAACAUAUAGUGUACGUACACCUCUGAGGAUUCCUGUCGUGUUGCUUCAUAAAGUGGAAACUGAGUUCAAGAGAAUGGAAUAGAUUGGCUUAAUCGAGAAAAUCUCUGAGCCAACAUCAUGAUGUACCCAGUGGUACCAAUUAUAAAGAAAAAUGGAAAAAUAAAAAACUUUGUGUAGAGCCUUAUGAAAUCGGCAUUAAUGAGAACAUGGAUGGAAUCAUAAAAUUAAAACAAUAACAUGGAAUCCAGGCUCUCACCGGCAUUAGGACCACAGUGGCAGGCAGGCAGGGCGGGCUGCAUGGCUGAGCUACAUGCAGCCACUGGAGGGUGUUUGAAGUUAAUUCACAUGUCAUCGGAAAACUCAGCCAUUACUGUUCGCCUGGUUCGCUCCUUUGAGCACCGUAAUUUCAGACCUGUGGUGUAUCAUGGAGUUAACUUGGACCAAACUGUAAAGCAAUUCAUUACAUUUGUAAGGAAUGAUGUGUCUUUAAGAACAGGACUUCCACCUCCCUUUAAAAAAUACAAAUAUGAUACAAUGAAGAUUAUUCACCAAGCACAUGGAUCUAAGACCAAUGAACUUGUAGUGAGUUUGGAGGAUGAUGACAAACUCAUUUUAAAAGAAGACAGCACUUUGAAAGCAGCUGGAGUAGGUAGGAGUACCUUUCUAUUGACUGACAGUACUGAUCAUUGUGCUUGUCAUUAUACUGAUAACUGGCUGAUUAUGUUUGGAUAGUCUGCUGAAAAGUAAAUGCUAUUCCUGAUGCUCUUUACACUACCAGAUAAUUAUCCAGGGAAGAAGGGGGGAUAAUGUACAUUCACAUUAUUGGGCUGAGGGCAGCAGGUAUGUGCACUCCAAAUGCUCAGAAUGCAAAUUGUGAUUUUUAGAAGGUAUGCUUAGAAUUCUGCUGAGGGUAAUUUUAAAUGAUUGACAGAUAAGAUUAAGCGGACAUAGUACUAAUAACCUAUCUGUAACAUUUAAACUGAUGUUUUGGUUCAAAGUUUAAGUAGUGGAACUAGUGUGGAAUAAUGAAAUGAGAUUAGAUUUGUUUAAUGUGCAACACAAUAUUCAAAUUGCACAGGGCAGCACAAAUAAUAUCAUUUAGAAAGUGAGCUGAACAUAGCAUGUGGUUAAAAUCAACCUGAGUCCUUGUUCUCUGACAAAAGAAUGCAUAUGGCGCAUGUCUUGUGCUAAUAGUGUAAAGAAAUGCCUAUGUAUGACAAAUUUGAUAGUCACUGGAUGUCAUUUUGGCUCCAUGCAAAAAUGAUUAUGUGGCAGCAGAGCAGCUGAGACUUUGAGGCCCAAUUCGCAGGCUUUGAGACGGCACUGGUUAGUUUAGAAUGUCACUUAUUUAAAUCUGGUGCACAACAAUCUUACGCUCUGGGUAAAAGAUCACAGAGGAAAUUAGAAAUGGAAGAACCCAUUCAGCAUUAGGCCACCUAGCCUCUCUCCAGCCAAUGCAGGAUUUUCCCCUACAGAGUACUAUUUAGCACUUUUUCUGAUCUAGUUUAAAAUCCUUCAGUUCAGUGGUGCUUCCUCCACCCCCCCUUAGGAGACUAUUAUAAAUCUUACCAUUGGGGAAAAAAAAUGGAACAUCAGAAAAUACUCUCUUGAUUUCAUUUCUUUACUCCUGGUUAAUCUCAUUGGGCCACACUGAUCAGUUCCCCUUUCUCCUUGGCAUUUAUACCUGAUACUUUUAGUUUCUCCCCCUUUCCUCUUUGCCCGCUACCCCUUAUUCUAUACUGUAAUCUCUCUGAGGAGAGGACACUCUCAUACUAUAUGUAUGUACUGUGCCUAGCUUAAUGGGCUGCCGAUAUCAGGCCUUAUAGAGGACUGGGCAUUAUUAUUGAAUAUUAACUGUUGAACUGUUAAUGUUGUUGAAUAUUAAUAAUAAAAGUCAAUCUUUAGCCUUCCCUGCUAACUCAAUCCUUUUAACUCAGAUGAAAAGCAGUUCUUCAGGAAGGAGGGUUAUUUGCAGUCUGAAGACUUCAAAGUCUUGUAAUUUAGUUAGUAUAUGCCUCUUGUCAGCAUGAGUCUUACCUACCUAAGACUUGAGGUAGCCUGGCUUAGAGGUCUAGGCAAGGGGCUGGGAAACAGUGGCAGAUAUUUGCUUAAAGCUGCCCUCCUCUAGCGCUGUUCUCCUCCAAGACACCAUUGAUGAAUUAUUGUACAUUCCUACCUUUGAAACAGGUACCAUAGUCCUAGUGGUGGUAUAACUUGAUGCAAUCUCAGUAAAUUAUCAGCACAUCAGAGUAAUCUUGUUCUGAAAACAAACUGCGAUAAACUAGACUGCUUUUAUUUCUCUGAAUGUAGGGGAGGAGGGAAUGGUUUAAGGAUGGAAGAAAAGUAAUUAAAACAAUACCUCCAUAAUUAUUCAGGUUAACUAUAUACUUACAACAAAUGCUAACUGCAUCAAUGCCCGACUGCUGUAUGAGGUAGAAUGAAGUUCUUGCUGUGUAAUGUGGGAUAUCCUCUUAGACUUGCCAAGUUUUGAGGUUUUAGAAGAGCCGUUUUUGUGUUCUGAUAUAUUAACGUUUACCUCAGUGUGAAAAGCUCUCUUCCAUUGACUUACAGAAGCAAUAGUGUAGUAAGACCUUUGGCAACUCUGUAUUUUUAUCCAUUUAGAGUAGAUUUGCAUUUCUGGUAAGUAAUAAAAACAUAGCAAAAGCUCUUCGGAGUAGGGACUGUUUCCAUUCUAUGUUUGUACAGUGUUUAGCACAGUGAGGUCCAGGACUAAGACUCCUAGGCACUAUGAUAAUAUAAAGAAUUAACAAAAUAAGUGAUGCACAGUAUCAUGUGACAGUAGUUCUGGUCCUGAACCUGCCUCCACUGAAAUCAAUUGCAAAUCUCCCAUUGAUAUGUUUAGAUUUUAAAUAUGUUCGCUGCACAACAUUUGCUAGAGGCAAACACUAGAAUUUCCCUUUCCAAAAAGCCAGGAGCCCAAUCCUGUGAGGUACUGAGCACCCUCCUCAACUACAAAGGAUUGAUUUUAGCAUUCGGCAGGAUUGGGCUGGAAAGAUGUAAAUUAUGAGGCUAUUAGAUGAGCAUCUUUAGGAAAUCCUCUGUGGUGGUGAUUAUUAUUACAGCUAUUAUCUAGUCAGCAAAGUUAAUGCGUGCCUAUUUCUAGAGCACGGAUGUAUGUUAAUAAAGUGUUCAGCAUUCAUUGCAAACAAUCUUGUCUUUUUCCAAGUCAAGAUUCUAAAACCUCUCCUGCUCCUUUUGUAUAAGACAGGCAGACUUCAUUAAAUUCAGGUUUAAUUUAAAAAGCAAAGGCAGAACUUAUUGGCUCAGCACCUUAAAGAAUUCCAUGUUUAAUAAUUGUGAAGGUUUUCCAUCAGAUUUGUCUCCACUCUGAAUUAGUAAUGUUGCUGACUUAUUGUUUUAGAAGAGGAAGUCCUUGACCUGCUGGGCUGAAAGAAUUGUGACUGCUCUGAACCUUUGUGGGUCCUUUAGCUGUGCCAUAUCCCCUGUGAAUAAUUAGAGGUAUUUGAAGGUAUUGCUGGGGAAGCCAAUUUGUGUCGUUCACUUUGCAUAUUGUUGAAGCCUUAUGAAUUAAUCAUUAGCAGGGCAAAAAAUUAACUUCUUCAGACACAUAUUUUGAUGGGCCAUGAGGGAGAAUGUAAAGUGAUCUGUAAAAUAUUCUACUAAUCCUCUAAGUAUUAAAUUAUUAUACCUGCAGGCUUAUUUCAGAAAAAAGAGGUUUUUUCUCCCUCCUUAACUGAAUAAUGGAUUGAAAAAAACCCAAGCUUCGUUGUUUUCUAGGAUUCUGAGAAAGAAUAAAUGUGCAAUCUCCUAGGUUGUCCAAAUUGUUUUGUAGCCUUUGGUGAAAUUAGACUUGAAGGUUUCUGCAGAUGUUUGUUUACAUUUAUAUGCCAAUGUUCUAGUUCUUUUUAACCAGACUAAAACACAUGGUAAUUGGGUCUAACGUAAAAAUAAACAACGUGGUGAUUAGUGAUUGCCUUUAACCAAAAAGGCACCGAAUGCAUUCUAAGGUUCUAAUUAAUGUUAAUAGGCUGCUAUGUGGUUAAUACAAUAAGCAUAUGCUUUUAUUGGGCAUGCUGAAUAUUUAUUUUUUAUCCCUUUCAGCAAAUGAAACUGAAUUAGCGUUCUUCUGUGAAGAAGAUUACAGAAACUACAAAGCUAAUCCUGUUUCGGCCUGGUGACGAUCCCAAGAGAGCUGGGUUUUUUUGUUUUCUCAUACCCGUUUAAAACUUUUUUUUUCUGUUUAAUGAGAUUUUUUUUUUUAAUCAAUAAAUCCUAUAGGAUUGCCUCA